AUGGAGUUGACCAAAGCUAUAAGAAUUGGACAUUUCACGGAGAACCUUGGGAAGCAGCUACUAAUGCUAGUAGAAAUGUUGAAGAAGAUGAUGACCAUAGUAGAAUUAUUGAUACUUCAAGGCGAUUUGCUUCCAGAAGGAAAUACAAUACCGGCCUCUAUGUAUGAGGCAAAAAAGACUUUGUGUGCAUUGGGGCUGAGUUAUGAGAAAAUGCACGCAUGCCCCAAUGAUUGCAUCUUGUAUAGGAAGGAGUAUGAGGAUUUAACUCAUUGUCCUAAUUGUGGUAUCUCAAGGUGGAAGGAAGGCAAAGAUUCAAUCUUGAAAGAGGGUGUGCCAGCGAAGGUGGUGUGGUAUUUUCCUCCAAUUCCAAGGUUUAAAAGGAUGUUUCGAUCACAUGAGACCGCUAAGAGUUUGACUUGGCAUGCUGCUAGAAAAUCAAUUGACGGUUAUAUGUCUCAUCCAGCGGAUUCCCCGUCUUGGAAACUUCUUGAUGAUAAAUGGCCCGAGUUUGGUAAUGAGCCGAGAAACUUGAGAUUGGCUCUUUCAUCUGAUGGAUUCAAUCCCCACAGUUCUCUAAGUAGCAGAUAUAGUUGCUGGCCAGUUAUCUUAGUUACAUAUAAUCUCCCUCCAUGGCUGUGCAUGAAACGAAAGUUCAUGAUGUUGACCUUAUUGAUUUCCGGUCCUAAACAGCCCGGAAAUGAUAUAGACGUCUACUUGGAGCCUUUGAUUGAUGAUUUAAAAUCUUUGUGGGAUGGGAUUGGAGGAGUGUAUGAUGCACAUAAUGGAGAAUACUUUACACUCAGAGCUGCAUUAAUGUGGACAAUUAAUGAUUUCCCCGCCUAUGGAAACUUAUCUGGUUGUGUUGUUAAAGGAUAUAAAGCUUGUCCAAUAUGCGGCGAUGAUACACCUAGUCACAGGUUGAAAAAUGGCCACAAAAUUUGUUACAUUGGGCAUAGAAAAUGGUUACCGAUCAAUCAUCCAUAUAGGAGGCAACGUGCAGCUUUUAAUGGGAAACCUGAAUAUGGCACGCCUCCUGAGCCAUUAACCGGAGAAGAAGUGCUGCAUAUGGUUGAAGAUGGUGACAGAGUUUGUUGGAAGAAGAAAUCAAUAUUCUUUGAUCUCGAGUAUUGGAAAUACCUUCCUGUGAGGCAUGUCCUAGAUGUUAUGCACAUUGAGAAGAAUGUUUGCGAUAGUAUCAUUGGUACAUUGCCGGAGAUCCCUGGAAAAAAUAAAGAUGGGAUUGCUGCUCGAUUAGAUUUAUUGAACAUGGGGGUCAAAACUGAUUUGCAACCCGAGUAUGGAGAAAGACGUACUCGUUUGCCUCCCGGGCCUUGGAAUUUGUCAAGAGCAGAGAAGAGAGAGGUUUGCAAUUCUUUCUAUGGUAUGAAGGUCCCUGAAGAUUCAAGACUUCUUGGCCUUAAAUCACAUGAUUGUCAUACCUUAAUGCAACAAUUGCUCCCUGUGGCAAUUCGUUCUGUUUUGGAGAAGCCUGCAAGAUAUAUGAAAGUGCUAAAGGGGUAUGUUCAGAAUCGUACUCGUCCCGAAGGUUGCAUUGCUGAGCGGUAUAUAGCUGAAGAAGCUGUAGAGUUUUGUACCGAGCAUUUAUCUGAUGUUAGUACAGUUGGAGUGCCUUCAAGCCAAAAGAUGGGAGUUUUAAAGCCAUUAUCAGGUUGCACAGUGAGCGUAGUUGAUCGGGACCUGUUGAACCAAGCACAUCUAUAUGUCUUGGAGAAUACGGAGGAAGUCCUACCUUAUAUCGAGCAACAUAUGGUCCACAUCCAGACCGCUUAUCCAAAAUUUAGAAAGAGAACAAAGUGGCUGCAGGAUAAGCACAAUAGCACUUUCAUUCAAUGGCUACGCUUCAAGGUUCAAAGUGAACUUAAUGAGGAAGACAAUCAUGGCGUAUCAGAAAAUUUAAGGUGGCUAGCAGCUGGUCCAAACAUGGCAGUGCCAUUAUAUAGGAGCUAUCUCAUUAAAGGUAUUAAAUUCAACAUCAAGGCACAAGAUGAUGUGCGGACAACUCAAAAUAGUGGAGUUUAUUUACUUGCACAUACUAUGCAAGUUGCUAGUGCCAAGGAUAAAAACCCAAUUCUCUCAAAUAUGGGUUUCUAUGGUGUCAUUCAAGAAAUUUGGGACCUUGACUACCAAAAGUUUACAAUCCCAGUCUUUAGGUGUGAUUGGAUUGAUAAUACUUCUGGUCUUGUAGUGGACGAACUUGGAUUUACCCUUGUAGAUUUGAGUAAAAUUGGACAUAGGAAUGACCAAUUUGUUUUGGCUUCUCAAGUCAAACAAGUAUUUUUUGUUGACGACCCGAUGCAUCGUGGUUGGUCGGUAGUGUUAUCAAUGCCUAAUAGAGAAUAUAAUGAUGUUAUUGGUGAUGAUGUCUUAGGUGAUGUGAGAAUUGAGUGUGAGCCAUUUACUAGGGGGAUGCCAAAUGUUGACACAUUUGAUGAAGUGGUGGUUGAGUUAGGGAGUCAAAAUAUUCGAGAUGGGUGUGAAGAUAUAUGGGUUGAAUGA